AUGCAUCAAUCAUGUCCGAAAGAUGAUUUUUCACUUUCGAUUACAGAGUUGAUGGUGGAUGCAACUACCGGAUAUAAAGUCUUAUCUUUCAUAGACAGAUUUUUUAGAUACAACCAGAUACAGAUAAAUCCAAAAGAUGAGGAGCUCACAUCAUUUUGUACUCUUAAAGGCAUAUAUUGCUACAAAGUUAUGCCUUUUGGAUUAAAAAAUGCGGGGACAACCUACCAGCGAGCAAUGCAAAAGAUUUUCGAUGACAUGUUGUAUAAAAUCGUGGAAUGUUAUGUAGAUGAUCUUGUUGUUAAAACAAAGCGACGUGGCGAUCAUUUACAAGAUUUACGCGAUGUUUUCAAAAGACUUCAAAGACAUCAACUGAAGAUGAAUUCAUUAAAAUAUGCAUUUAGCAUCACCUCUAAAAAAUUUCUCGAGCCAAGAAAUGUACGUGAGUUGAAGAGUCUCCAAGGAAAAUUUGCAUACAUUCAAAGAUUUAUCUCUAACAUUACCGGAAGAUGUCAUCCAUUCAAUAAAUUGGUGAAAAAGGAUGUAUCGUUUGAAUGGGAUGACGCUUGUCAAAAUGCUUUCCAAAGCAUUAAGCAGUAUUUUUCUCGUCCACCGGUACUCACAGCUCCAGUCCUAGGGAAGCCACUAACUCUUUAUAUAACAGCACAAGAAUAUUCUCUAGGAGCACUUCUUAUCCAAGUCAACAAUGAAGGAAAAGAAAAUGUACUUUAUUACUUGAGCCGAACAGUGAUAGGCUCUGAAAUGAAGUCGAUUCUUUCUGUAAGGAUUGGAAAAUGGGCACUACUAUCGUCUGAGCUCGAUAUCAAAUUCAUCCCACAAAAGGCCAUUAAGGGAUACGAUUUGACAGAUUUCUUUGCUGACCACUCAAUUCCAAUGGAAUGGAAACUUCAAGAAGACCUUCCCGACGAAGAAGUUAUUUUUGUCGAAGUCAUACCUUCAUGGAGGCUAUACUUCGACGGGGUAGCCCAAAGUUAUGGUGCCAGAGCAGGAGUAGUCUUUGUCACUCCCCAUGAUCUUGUUAUGCCCUACUCUUUUAUCUUAAUGGAGAAAUCUGAGUAUGAAGUCCUUAAUUUAGACCUGAAGCCAUAUCAUGAAUAUAUAUCAAUGCUUAUGAGACGAUUUGAUUUGGUAAAAAUCAAAUUCGUCCCGAGAAGUGAAAACAGGGAAGCUAAUACCUUAGUUAAUUGGGAUGCUAUUUUAGCUAGGUCGGAUAAAGAUUUCUCUCACUCCACAUCAAUUGCUCAAAGAUGGGUGUUUCCGUCGUUGCUACCCAGUAAUUUGGAAGAAAACAAUAGUAUCGAAGUACUUGAAGAUGAAGAAAGAGAAGAUUGGAGACAACCAAUAAUCGAUUUCCUUCAACAUAAAAAACUACCAGAUAAUCCACGUAAUGAUGAAGCAACACAGGUCGUGGAAGAAGCCCACUCUGGAAUUUGUGGUGCCCAUCAGUUUGGACCCAAACUCCAUUUUGGAAUAAAGAGGAUGUGGUAUUACUGGCCAACUAUGGUACAAAACUCCAUGGAUUAUGUAAGAAAAUACGAAGCUUGCCAAGUCCAUGCAAAUUUCAUCCAUCAACCUCCAGAACCAUUACAUUUGACAGUUGCUUCAUGGCCAUUUGAUGCAUGGGGUCUUGAUAUAAUUAGACCUAUAACUCCAAAGUUUUCAACAGGGUAUACAUACGUCCUCACCGGGACUGACGACUUCUCUAAGUGGGCUGAAGCCGUGCCAUUGAAGGAAGUAAAGAAAGAAAAUGACGCAAAUUUCUUUCACAUCCAAAUCAUUUAUUGA